AUGACUUUCUCGCUGGAAGAAUACGGUUCUGUAGAACAAAAGCCGUAUACACUGCUCGCUCCGAUCAAUCCCACCAUUGUAUCUUCCACCGCUUCACAGCAACACCAACAUGAACAGGAAAUGCUCCUGCUGUUCGCGGUGCCCGAGCCUCCGAUCUCCACCAAGGAGCUGACAUACGCAUCGGAAAACGACCCCCACAAAAACCCGGACUCUCCUCCCUCAGAGUCGCCGCGCACGUUAUGGAUGGGCGACUUGGAUCCUUGGCUAGACCAAAGCGCCAUUGAGGAGCUCUGGUGGAAGAUCUUGAACAAGCGUGUCACCGUCAAGUUGAUCAAGCCAAAAUUGGCCAAACAGGAGGUCGAAUACAUGGGCCAAACCCACUCAGGCUACUGCUUUGUCGAAUUCGAUCUGUUUGAGGACGCCCAAGAAGCACUUGCGCUUAAUGGCCAACUUCUUCCAGAUAUUGCGAUUCCAUCGCAACUGAAUGGAAUGAACGACCCCAACAACCAAAAGAAAUACUUCCGUCUUAAUUGGGCAUCUGGUGCCACCUUGAGCGCACCAAUUGUGGACUCUCCCGAGUUCUCCUUGUUUGUUGGAGACUUGAGCGCCCUGACCACUGAGGCACACUUGCUUCUGUUUUUCCAAAAAGCCUUCCCUGACUCAGUUCGUACUGUUCGUGUCAUGACUGAUCCAAUUACCGGCAAAUCAAGAUGCUUUGGGUUCGUGCGAUUCACAGAUGAACUGGAGCGCCAAAGAGCACUAGUUGAAAUGAAUGGCGCUUGGUUCGGCGGACGCCCGUUACGUGUAGCCCUCGCGACAUCCAGAAAUAACGCUGCAAGAAGGAAUCAAGAAUUCAAACUGUUCCCUCCUCAAUUGGGAUACAUGGGAGGCCCCGUGGGACCUGUCAUGGGUGGUCCACCCCACUACGAUGCUUCGCUAGCUGGCCUGGUGAACUUUCCAGUCCCACCUCCAGCAGCAGAUCCAAUGAUGGGUCCUGCAAUGGGAGGCCCACCACAAGAUUUUAUGUACAUACCACAAGGCCCUCCUGGGUCAAUGCCAUAUGCGGUCAACAUGAAUACACAGUUUUCCGACCCAACAAACACCACUGUGUUUGUGGGAGGAUUGCUGCAUGAAGUGAGCGAGCACACGUUGUUCACACUAUUCAAGCAUUUCGGUCAAAUUCUUCAGAUUAAAAUCCCUGCUGGAAAGAACUGUGGUUUUAUCAAGUUCAACACCAGAGAGGACGCAGAGGAGGCUAUACUGGCGAUGGAAGGAUAUGUAAUCGGUGGACACCGAGUGAGGCUUGGAUGGGGCCGUGUCUCAGCUAACAACAAACGAUUCUAUCAGCGGCGCCAGCACCAGAUGCAUGUACAAAUGCAAGCUGCCGCCGCUAUGUCUAUUGGCAUGGACCCUGCGUCAGCAUACGCUGCAGUGGCGGCAGGGUUCCCAUCGCCACCGCAAAGUUCGCCUGGGUAUCCACAUAUGCCAAUGCAAUUGCCGCCCCAAGUUCAUGGUAUGAUGCCAUAUAGUGGUGGAGGCAACAGGGGAAUGGACAUGUAUAUUCCAGGAGAGGAAGAUGUCAGUGGAGAUUACAACGGCCAUGAAUACGCCCAGGAACAGUUUAUGUACAACCCGGGCGCGGAAGAUCCUUUGAUAUCCGGUUUGAGUAAUCUCUCGAUUGGCGCACAGCAAGGAGAACCGGCAGAAGAGAAAGAGACAAGAUCGACAGACGACUCGCCUUCAGAAUCUGCAACGGACAGUGCAUCAAAAGACGACGGAACUCCAAAGGACAAGAAAAACGAGAAGGAGUAG